AUGUUCUUUCUGCCUAAAAUGCUCAACCCUGAGAAAGCUCCAGAAAUGAUUACUGAGAAUGACAUCGCAGAGAUAGAGGACAAAGGGGAUGCAGUGCAGCAAAACCACGCAACCGAUCCUCAUGACCCUCUUACAUGGAGCCGUGGUCGAAAACUCACCAUUCUAUUGAUCGUGGGAAUUUGGAUCCUGCUCGGGACCACGAAUAUGAUCAUCAUUGGACCAGCACUUCAAAUUGUCCCUGUCGAGUUCAAUGCCUCCUUCGCAUCAUCAACAUACCUCAUCGGUGGCCCUCUUCUAGCUUACGGGAUCGCCUCCUUUAUCUGGGUUCCGCUUGGUAACCGCUAUGGCGUCCGACUUGUAUUCGUUGUCUGUGCGUUGAUUGCAGGCUGCAUGAACUGCUGGGCGGCAAAAGCAACGAGUUUUGGAAGUCUUGUCGCCGCGCGAACUUUAGCUUCCACAUUUUAUGCACCUCCAGAGACACUUGCUCCGCAAAUGGUUGGAGAUGUUUUUCAUCUCAAGGACCGAGCCAAGGCAAUGAGCUGGAUAGGAAUUUUGCAAGCCUCUGGGUUUGCUGGUGGUCCAUUGGUCGGGUCUUUCAUCAUACAAAAUGAGAAUCUCGGUUGGAGAUGGACUGAAUGGGUUCUGGCCAUUCUCACCUUCGGCACGGCCAUCGGCCUGGCCUUAUUAUUUCCUGAAACACAAUACACCGGGGAUCAUCUCGGAAUGAACCCACAGCGCACCUGGAAAGAUAAUUACAAUCUGGGCUAUGGGUUCCUGAUGAUCUUUCCCUACUUUUGCCAUCCAGUCAUCCUCCUCAACAUGGCAUUCUUUUCGCUCUGUCUGGUUGUCAAUAGCUAUCUUUUGACCACCCAAUCCAUCACCUAUUUGGUUGUGUACCCUUUCUCGAUCGGAGAGUCCGGUCUGACAUUUAUCGCACCUCUAAUCGGAACAUGGUUGGCCAUGGUAUUCUGUGGCAUUUUGGCUGAUCGACUUUGCAUCCGAUGGGUGAAGAGAAGAGGAGAAAAGCCAAGACCAGAACAGCGUUUACCACUCCUUGCCAUCACUGGGUUCAUUGGCAUAGCUGGUCUUAUAUUGUUCGGUGUUUGCACUCAAGAGCAAUGCCACUGGAUUGGCCCAUUGUUUGGCUCAGCAUUCGUCAGCUUUUGCUUCAUCUGCUCUCUGAGCAUAUCGUUUGCAUAUUUGCUUGAUGUCUAUGAAGCUCGUAUGGACACCGUUAUGGUCAUCUUCAAUGGCAUGAAAAACUGCGCGGCGUUUGGGAUCAGCUAUGCCAUUGUUCCCUGGAACACAAGCGCCGGAUAUUCCGUACCUUUUGGUGGUUUGGCUGUCGUUCUAUUCGUCGCGCACGUUUUGAUGUUGGUCAAUUAUUUUAAGGGGGAGGCUCUUAGAAAGUGGGCUGCCGAACGGUUUGAGACUGCUCGAGCAACCCACCAUGGUGACGCUUUUUGA